GUAAAGGAUAAAGUACGUUUCCGUUCGAAUAACGAAUCUUUCUCGCAAGGCACGACUUCGGUAUAAAGAAAUCUUUAUUGACUCGAACGCGAUAUAACAAUAAAUAUGAUCGUUACGAAAUACUUAUUGCCGUCUCCUCUCUCGGCUCUUAGAUUUUCUUAUGACCUAUGCACCUUACCGAUAUCAUAGACCACGGCUGCGUAAUAUCGAAAGCACGUUCGAUGCGUUCGAUUGAAAAAAAGAGAAACUAGAUAAAAAUGAGCGGUGGCCUGGGCGUGGGAGGGGGAAAGAGAAGUAAGCGAAGUGGCGGAGAACUGGGCAAUACGUGUAUGACAGGUUUAUGCGCACCGCCCCGUUAACGACUCCCAAGUGACUACCAAUUGAGCACUUUAUUUGGUUUAUCACUUAAAGCUUUUCAAGCAGCAUCUCGUAGAUCCGGGGCGUUGGAGCAAAGAUGCUGGCGGGCUCCUGAAGAAAGUAGACGAGUAGGAUUGUCGUCGACGUAGUUACGCGACAAUAACAAAUAUAAUGUAUCAUGUUUGACAUGAAUCAGCCAGUGAGAAAAACGCUAUUUCAAGCAGGGAUAAUGGUGCGUUAGAUAAGAGGUGCUAAUCGCUUGGUAAACCGUGCAUUCUCGAGAAAUGGAAGAUGAACAACCGGCGAGAGAAGCCAACAAGAUAUGCGGUGUUUGCGGCGAUCGCGCCUUGGGAUACAAUUUCAACGCGGUCUCCUGUGAAAGUUGUAAGGCCUUCUUCAGGAGAAACGCUCUUAAAAAUAAGGAUUUCCGGUGUCCUUUUACAGAAAACUGUAGCAUCACCCCAGUGACUAGACGCUUUUGUCAAAAAUGCCGCUUGGAUAAGUGUUUCAGUAUUGGUAUGCGUAAGGAAUACAUCAUGUCGGAAGAAGACAAGGUUUUGAAGCGUCAGAAGAUCGAACAGAAUCGCGCGAAGAAGCGGCCUCAGUCGGAUAACGUUAAAGCGUCCAAAAUUAAGAAGGAUUGCGUGGAAGAUUGUACCUUCGAGGACACUGCAAUGUCAGUGAAUUCGGUCGCAUCUACCGUAUCAGAUACGUACUUUUGGGAGUCGGAUAAAAAGUACGCGGAUUUGGACGCAGGUAGGCAAAAUCCUAUGGAGAAUAUGAGUCCGGUUACUGCGGCUAGCGUUCCAAGUCCAUCCAGCCCUCCGGAGAGUGGGAACAUAACAGGAUCUAAAACUUUAGAUAUGCUAAAAGAGUCUUAUAGUACUAAAUGUAAUUUUGUUAAAUACGAGCUAAUCUCGCAGUACGAAGAACCUAACACCGAUGCAGACUCUAGAAGAAUUACAUCUCAUUCGCCGAUACAAGGUCGAACAAGGUUUAAUGAAUUCGAUCUUGCAUCGCAGUCUGCAGGAAAUGACAAAAAUAUGUCUAUAAAUUCACGAAAAUUUGACCAAAAUUUGUUAGAAUUUGAUUCCAAUUUUGGUAAUUCGAGCAAUCAAUCGCCACGCUAUACGCACGAGUACGAAGACAGUACGACGAGUUAUUGCAAGUACGAACAGAGCCCCGAAAGUGGUCCCUCCACGUUCAUCGACUGCACUUCGAAUGUGGAAGCUACGCAAUUGAAUUUAAGUCCCAUUUCUCAUACUAAUGUACAAACCUUUACCGAAGAAACUACAGCGUGUCAGAGGCCGAAAGAAAUGUGUCCCAAAGGGAACGACUUUGUUAAUAAAUUUACGCAAAAUCCAGGACUGGUUAUGAAAUUUGUCAACAAUCCGCAUCUAGUUGCAAAAAUAUUUCAAGAUCGAAAUUUAAUUUUGAAGAUUAUGACGGAUCCGGUGAUGGUUAAUAGAUUAGCGACGGAUCCGCAAAUCUCACAAUUUUUUAAAGAAAAUAGUAUCGAUGAUAACGAUGGAGAUCCUGUGGAUCGUUUAAGUUCUCGACCGGAGGAAGACGCGAUAGAAGAGCACGUUUCUGUUACUACGAGUAAACAGCAAUACAAGGGCAAACAAAGUCACGUGGAAAAUCCCAUCUUGACGGAUCUGAUAACGUAUAAAAAUACUGAAAAUUAUAGAAAUAAAGAUACAGAUCCGAGUAUGAAUAAAACGACAGCCGACGUUACUAAAGAUGUACUUCAAGACGUUCAAAGAAUACCAAUUGCCGCCAAUUCGAUCGAAUCGAUAUUGUGUGAAGCUAUUAAAUUGGAAUUUUCAGCAUAUUCUGCUCUUGGUGGGAAUCAAAGCACCAGAGAACUAAACGAUGCUGAAAGAGCUAAGCUAAAUGAAUUAAUAGUAGCUAAUAAAGCGCUAUUAGCUCCAUUAGAUGAUGAUAUAACAAACUUAGUUGGAGAAGAAUGCAAAUUUAAAGGAAGUUUCGGACAAUCCGAUCCUAUGUUGUUGGAUGUUAUCAAUUUAACAGCUAUAGCGAUACGACGUCUUAUAAAAAUGUCCAAAAAGAUGAAUGCUUUUAAAAAUAUGUGCCAGGAAGAUCAAUUAGCUCUUUUGAAAGGAGGAUGUACAGAAAUGAUGAUUCUAAGAUCGGCACUUAAUUACGAUCCAGAUAAAGAUAUGUGGAAAAUACCUCAUAGCCAAGAAAGAAUGUCAAACAUAAAGGUUGACGUUUUAAAGGAAGCGAAAGGUAAUUUGUAUGCCGAACAUGCGAAAUUUGUUAGAACGUUCGAUCCACGAUGGAGAGAUGAAAAUAUAAUUUUAAUUCUAAGCGCAAUUGCUCUAUUCACACCUGAUAGACCAAAAGUUGUACACAGCGAUGUUAUUAAGUUGGAGCAAAAUUCGUACUAUUACCUUCUGAGACGAUACUUGGAAAGCGUUUAUCCAGGUUGUGAAGCUAAGUCCACUUUUUUAAAAUUAAUUCAAAAGAUUUCUGAACUCCAUAGAUUGAAUGACGAGGUUGUCAACGUUUAUUUAAAUGUAAAUCCAUCUAGCGUAGAGCCAUUACUUAUAGAAAUAUUCGACUUAAAGCACUGAUAUUAACAUCUUGCAUACUUUUACUGAUUCUUACCUCAUAGCUUAUUAUCAGAGAGAUAGAAAAUAGAUAAUUCUAUAUCAAUUCUUAAUGAAGCCUUAUAUGAAAAUACUGUGAUCAAAUUGAGUAGGUGUCAUUCUUAUUAAACUGGUUAUGACCAUAAAUAAUUUUUUUUUUAUUACAUUAUAACAUUAUUAUUAUUAUUACUAUUAUUACUAUUAUUAUUAUUAUUAUAUCGAGAAGAGUGCAAUGUUCUUUGUUAAAAAUACAAUGCUCACAUAUUUUUGAGAAAUAUGCAACCAACUGCUUUAAACGUAUUACAUAGUGUUAAGUUCAAUUACAUUCAAAGAAUGAAACAAGACGAAUGUAACAAUGUAGGGAAGCAUUACUUUGGCUAGUCACUUAACAGGAUGACAUCAUCAGAAAUGUAAUAAAAUUUUAAGCACAAGUGAAUGUAUCUUAUGACAUAUUCAAUGACAAUAUUUUAUUUAUCUAAAUUAUUUUUUUAAAGUAACAAGAUGAUAUAUCGAUUAAUGUUUUUUAUAUAGCCGAUAUAAACGAAAUUACAAUAUUUUCGAUAAUUAAUGUUGCUUUGAAAAUUCCAAUCUUGGACAUUGUGCAUAAUCGCGAUUGAAACAUUUAAUUAAUACAAAAAAUUUAUUUGCGUUAAAGCAGAAAAUUUGAGUCGUGCAAAUUCUGUAGAAACUAAAUUUCCAAUACUUCAAAAAAAAAAGAAAAAAAAAAAAUAAGAAAAAAAGAAAAAGAAAAUGCAAGAAAAAAUAGCAUAUAGACGCAUCUUUAUAAAUGUAUAAAGGAUCGAGUUUUUCUAAAUGUGUUGUAGAAAGUAAGCGAUCAUGCGAUAUGCCGGUAUCACACGAAAUAAUUCAAAUUUCUAUGUAUUUUGAAGAAACAAGAUAUUUAAUGUCAUUUAAUAUGACAAAUUUGUCGUUAAUGUAGGAUAAUGUGUAAGAGUAUGGUACUAAAUAUAUAAAUUAUAUUUUAAACAAUGAACGGCUUUGAAAAACUAAAAAUAAUCAUGAAACAUUGAAAAUGAUUUUAUUUCAUAAAAUUAUUCUCCUUAUAUCGGAAUCUAUAAGUUGUUAUAAGUAUAUAUAUAUAUGUAUAUAUAUAUAGAGAGAGAGAGAAGGAACCGACUACUUUAAAAUAUGUAUCUAGAAGAUCGAACAGAAAUGAGAUAUUCUUAUGUAAUUAUGUACAGAUUAGUUCAUCAUCGAUUCUUUAUAUGAAUUUUAAUGCAAAAAAAAAAAAGAAAAGAAGAAAGAAACUAAAAAUUUAUAUUUGAUAUGAGUAUUGUGACAUUUACCAAGACCUGUGUUCAUAAAUAGCUGAUUCUAUAUGUUCAGUUAUGAUGUUGCUGCUAUGCAGUUAAGAGAAAAAGAAUAAAAUGGUUUGAACUCAGUCCUUGGUAUAAGAAUGAAAGUAAGAAAGGAAUUGUAAAACUUUGAAAAAACAGAGAGAAGAGUUAUAAUUUAAAUGAUAUGUGUACAAGUUAUAAAUGUUGUAAUGUACACGAGAUAUUGUGAUACGCUUACAUGAAUAUAUUUUUCAUACAAUA